AUGCGUAUCAGAGAUCGUCGUCAGGUCUUUCAAAGAAAUAAUGUCCAUGGCAUCCUAAUUUUGAGUGACCCUUUGUCACGGCCCGGAUGCAAAAUCCUUGUUUGGGGAGGGCAAUCGCUCCGGCUACUAGAAAUCGAUCUAGAAAGCGCCAAAGCUGAAGGAAACUUUCCAGUCACCUUUCUCAGCUCGGAGUUUGUUUGUCCGGACUGGAUAUUGGAUGCUAGCUUUUACUGCCCGCCUGUGGACAACGCAGAAUUGCCAUCAAGGUAUACCGGGAGUUUGAUCACCGCACACAAUGUGGUCCUCGGCGUGGAGCUGAAAUUCGAUUCAGAACAAUCAGGAGUUAACUUCGAAUUACAUGACAUCGCCCCUAAAUCAAAGCCAAUUCUGUACUCCGCGGAUAUUACUUGGACUUCACCGAACACUAUUUUAGUUGCUGCAGGCACCGUGUUUGGAGAAAUCAUUGUGUGGACAUGUUAUUUGGAAUCUGUCUCUGGAAACAGUUCUCCAUUUUUGAACUACUCAAUUUGUGUGCACCACUACUUCACGGGCCACGAAGGCUCGAUAUUUGGAGUCAAUAUCUCAGAAGAAAUCCAGAUCGAGAAUGAGUCGUCGAAACGGCGAUUUCUCGCAAGCUGCAGCGAUGAUCGAACGAUUCGAAUCUGGGAUAUAUCUGCUUGCGGCUCUGCCAUAUUCCACAACCGCGAUGGUCUAUCCAAGGAUCGAUUGCCGCGUUCAACCGGAUUUGGAGCUAUAGCCGAUGACGCUUUCAACCUGGACCAAGACGCAUGCGUAGCAAAAACAAUGGGCCAUGCAUCGCGAAUAUGGGGUGUUUAUUUCUUAGAUAUCUCUUCUUCCCGGGAUCACGUAAUUUUCAGCCUCUUAUCUCGCGGAGAGGAUGGAACCUGCCAGCUAUGGAACUGUCAGAUCCAACAAGGAGCUGCCCAAGGCGACCAUCGAAUAUUCACAGGAAAUGCUGCAAUUAACCACAUAUCCACGCAUGCAUACCACACGGGCAAGAAUAUUUGGUCGAUAGCCAUUGGCAAACAACCCAAUGCGUUCAACAUUUACUCUGGAGGUGCAGAUGGCAACCUGGUUUCAUUUACACUAGAUCGAAACUCAGCUUCCUUGCGUAUUUCAGGGGAGUCAACAGGUGAUUAUUCGCCUGACGAAAUGCUGCACAACUUAGGCCUUGGAAACGAGAAUACUGCGAACCGCAAAAAGGGUGGAAGGCCUGCAUGCUAUAGUUUCGUGUCCGAUGACAGCUUCAUCGCUAUUGCACCUUCAAGGAAAAGCACUCUUGAAGGCGUGGGCUCCCAAUGCCUGUCGUCCGGAGACGCCCGUUCAGGUAUAGCAAUUAUUGGAUCACCAGCCGGUGCAAUAUGGUUAUACCACCAUGGUACAAAGUCCAUUAAUAAAAUAACCCAAACCGAAUCAAAAUUAUCAGGCAUCUUUAUCGUCAAUCCCGGCAAAACCCGUGUUUCUGGCACUACAUGUACGUCCUUUAUCACGGUAUUUGUGAACAGUGCCAAGGCGAUUUUAUUCACAGUUCGAUCUCAUACGGAGACUGAAGUUGUGUCUAAAAUAGUGUUGAACCUGCCACCAACUUUCUUGGUGACUGCUGCUUUGUCUUUGAGAACGAUUCCCUGGCUCAUAUUAGGGUCAAGGCACGGAGAUAUUGCCAUAUAUGGGCUCGACACAACUUCGGACACUGGCCAGAUUGAUCCUAUCUUCCAUUCACCUGGAGUCCAUGCAAAUGAUGCUAUUACUUCAAUUAUCAGUUUGCAAGCAUCAGACGAUGGAAAGCAAAAUAAACAUACUAUCGUCACUACUGGACGGGAUGGCUAUUACCAACUUCAUUUGAUCCAAACCCAGAACGGAGACUCCCGACUAGUCACGAUCCGGACUUUGCAUAAGGCGUGUCCGCCUUUCGGCCCCAAUAUCGAAGGAGCCGCGUUAGACCCUAAGACAAAUGACCUGAUUCUGUAUGGAUUCAAGGGUAUUUAUUUCAUUGUGUGGAACGAGUCAACGCAAACAGAAUUAAUGGCUGCAGAAUGCGGAGGCUGUCAUCGGAUGUGGGCAUAUAAAUCCGAUGGUGAAGGACGUAGAAUGCUGAUUUGGACGAAAGCCUCCCGCCUCUACUUAUUUUCCAGUGUGAAUCCAUCGCACAGAGUCCUAAGGGCUGGUGGACAUGGAAGGGAAAUUAAAUCCGCACACUGUUCGAAUCAUUUCGUUAAUGAUAGUCGAAACCCGCUCCAAAUACUCGCUACAGGAGCCGAAGACACAACCAUUCGUUUUUUCUUCCCUGAAGUAACGGGUUCGGGUCUAUCAGGCCGUGAGCUGAUGUGCAAAUUGACCCUGAAAAAGCACACAGCGGGUAUUCAGCAUCUGCAAUGGUCUCCUUGUGGCCGAUUCCUCUUUAGCAGCUCAGGAUGUGAGGAACUGUUUGUCUGGAGAAUAUCAUCGAUUCCCGGGUUUGGCAUUGGAGCCAUGUUUUCGGGGGAAUGUCCAAAGAGCAAGCCGGUUUCUGAUCUUCGUAUUAUGCAUUUUGAUAUGCUCAGGCUAGGCAAUGCUGAUGCCUUUUUGCUUGGGUUGGCAUAUUCGAAUUCAGUUGUUACGGUGUUUUACUACGAACCUGGCGCUUCGGGGGGAUCCUUUGAGCUCAUCGCACGGGGCCAAUACUCGACAAAUUGCCUCACGCAUAUCCGCUUCAUUAUUUCAGGACAGGAAUUACACCUCCUCACCAGUUCAACCGACAGGCAUCUCGCACUCUGGAAUCUCACACAUUCUCUUGGCUCGAUAUUCCACAUCCACGAAGCCGCCGUGCAGCGAGAUCCAACCCGCGAAAUACCCGCCGUUCCAUUCGAGCUAGAACACAGUCAUCGGCACCCCGUCCACCAGAGCAGCAUCAAAGCGAUGGAGCUGCUCCAGAUCUCAGAGACAGAUUUACUCGUAAUCUGCGGAGGCGAUGAUAACUCGCUAUCCGUCUCGCGGCUUACGCUGUCGGGUUCAACAGAAGGCACCGCAUCGUUUACCUCGACACUGCUGCCGCGCGCGCAUGCGUCGGCGAUCAAUGCAAUUGCAGUGAUUGGCGGUGUUGGGCGUCGCCGUGAAGGCGGGUUUGAUGUUAGUAUUGCGUCUUCGGGAAAUGACCAGCGGUUGAAAAUAUGGUUUAUUCAAGGCAGUCGGCAAACGCAAACGGCGGAUGUGACUGUUACCUUGAGGCAGGAUAUGUAUUCUGCUGUUGCCGAUAUAUCGUCUCUGGAGGUUCUAACCUCUGCCGAAGACGGGAGGGAGAAGCAUCACUUGGUGGUGUGCGGGGUGGGAAUGGAUAUGUGGAAAGUAGAUUGA